GUGGAAGAUACGAGUAGCGAAAUUUCGAAUUGGAUGAUUAGUGUGAGGAGGAUGAACAUACUGAUGAUGUGACUAAAGAGGGAUAUUGGAGCGGCGGGCCGUGAAACGGGCAAAAUGUACCAUGUGUGAAUUUUUCAGGUCCAGCUCUUAUAUAUAUGUGCUGCUAAUAUAUUAAUGGAGUUUGUAAAUUUGGAUUUUGUAGACUCGAUUGUUACUUCCCACUUGCUUCAAGAAGUUACAAUGCAUUUGAAAACUCUCUCAAAUCUUCUCGUCUUUGCGGCUACCGUUGCAGCUCAUGGAUAUGUUGACAAUGUGACGAUUAAUGGAAUUCUCUAUACAGUAAGAUCCUUUCCAUUUCCAUCCGAUAAAAACAAGCGAAAGCGUAACUAACGCACUUUUACCUAGGGAUAUCAAGUAAGAUUACUUUCCCCCUCCAAAACAUCCCUAUUACAUCCUACUAACUCACCAACUCCCCAUAAAAGCCCAACUCAGAUCCAUACUACGCCACGCCUCCUCCGCGUAUCGUCCGUCCCGUGCAAGGCAAUGGUCCCAUAACAGAUCUAUCUCUUAUCGAUCUCCAAUGUGGCGGUUAUUCCGAAGGAGGAUUCGUAGGUUCUAAACCUGCUAAUUUAACAGGGGGUCCGGUUGCGGCUGGGAGUACGGUUAGUUUGAGAUGGACGCUUUGGCCUGAGAGUCAUUGUAAGUUUUUAGUCGUUUCUUUCUAGUGGUGGCGAUGGUGAUGAUGAUGAUGAUGAUGAUGAUGAUGAUGAUGAUGAUGAUGAUGAUUGGACAAUUGAGGAAAUAGGGAAUGGUAAGAUUAGGAUAGUGCUAAUUCGUACAUGUGAAGCCGGACCGGUCAUUACGUAUAUGGCGAAAUGUCCAGCUGCGGGAUGUAGUACUUAUUUACCAGGAACUGAGUAAGUCCUCUCACGUCCGAUUCCCCGACUAUCCAUCAUAACAACCCCUACUAAUCAACCGCCUCAAACAGCGCCGUCUGGUUCAAAGUCCAAGCCACAGGACGCAUUGGCAACUCCUCGGUCUGGGGCGACACACCCCUCAUGACAGCCGGAAACUCCUACUCCUAUACGAUACCCUCCUGUCUAGCGGCGGGAUCGUACAUCGUGCGACAUGAAAUCAUCGCUCUGCAUGCCGCGUGGACAUAUCCAGGCGCGCAAUUCUAUCCAUCUUGUCACCAGAUACAAGUUACGGGAAGUGGCACUAGUACAGGUCCCAGUAGCAAGGUGGCUAUUCCUGGGGUUUAUACUGCCACUGAUCCCGGUAUUACGUAUGAUAUGUAUGUGUCGCAGCCUUAUACUGUACCUGGACCGGCGGUUUUUACUUGUUAGGUGGAGAGGAGGCUAACGGAUGGGAUGGGAUGGGAUGGGAUGGGAUGAGAGGGUGGGGAAAAGAGAAAGAAUCGUGAUGGUGGAGUAUGUGAUGGUGCGUGGUGAAAGAUGUUGUACAUAUGUUGAUCUUUGCCGUCAAGUUGAGAACUAGAGUGAUGAAAGAUGUGUAAUUUGACAU